AUGCGUCGAGUCAGCUUUACUCUCCACUUUAAUAAUCAGAACUCAACACCCAGCUGUAUCUUCUGUUUUCUUGCAUGUGUUGCCAUAGCAGCCAAGGAACAGUACCACAUCCCAGGCGCAGAGGACACACGUUUGAAUAAGGACUGCAACAGCAAGCCUGUCUGUCCACCCAAAUGCCGCUGUGAAGCUACUGUGGUGGACUGCUCAAAUUUACGCCUAACCAAGUUCCCAGAACACCUUCCACUCUCUACAACUGAACUACGUCUCAAUAACAAUGACCUCUCUAUCCUGGAGGCAACAGGACUCUUUCGGCCCCUCACACAUCUCAAGAAAAUAAACCUUAGCAACAAUAAAAUCACUGAGAUUGAGGAUGGAGCUUUUGACGGUGCGUCUUCCGUGGUUGAACUUCACCUGACCGCCAACCACCUGGUGUCCAUACGAGGAGGGAUGCUGCGGGGAAUGGACGGAUUGCGCAUGCUGAUGCUAAGGAAUAAUCGCAUCCGUUGCAUCCACAACAGCAGCUUCUCAGGCCUGCAGAACGUGCGUCUGCUCUCGCUCUACGACAACCAGCUCGCCACGAUCAUGCCUGGAGCCUUUGACACGCUGCCAAACCUCUCCACCCUAAACCUGCUUGCAAACCCUUUUAAUUGCGACUGUCGUCUGUCCUGGCUUGGAGAAUGGCUACGAUCUCGUCAGAUUGUGACGGGAAACCCCCGCUGUCAGAACCCAGCCUUUCUCAGAGAGAUCCCACUGCAGGAUGUGGCAAAGCCUGACUUCAUUUGUGACAAGGCGGUGACUGAAGAGGACAGGAGCUGCGUCCCGAAGCCCAAGUGCCCGGAGGAGUGCACUUGUCUGGAGUCAGUCGUGCGCUGCAGCAACAAACACUUGCUCGGUUUACCCCGCGGCGUCCCACACAAUGUCACUGAACUUUACCUGGAUGGGAAUCUGUUUGCCGCGGUUCCCAAAGAGCUCUCAGCGUUCAGACACCUGCAGCUGGUUGACCUGAGCAACAAUAAAAUCAGUUCCUUGUCCAACUCGUCUUUCUCCAACAUGAGUCAGCUGACCACACUCAUCUUGAGUUAUAACGCCCUGCGCUGUAUCCCUCCUCUUGUGUUUAAAGGACUGUCCUCUCUUCGACUGCUAUCUCUCCAUGGCAACAAUAUAUCUGAAUUACACCACGAAAUCUUCAGAGAUGCUGCAUCUCUAUCACACCUGGCCAUUGGCGCAAACCCACUGUACUGUGACUGUCGGCUGCGGUGGCUUUCUGAUUGGGUAAAAAGCGGGUACAAGGAACCCGGCAUCGCCCGCUGUGCCGGGCCGCGGGGUAUGGAGGGAAAACUACUGCUCACAACACCAGGCAAUACCUUCCAAUGCACAGGUCCCGUGGAUCCGUCUGUGUCUGGGAAAUGCAGCCCGUGUUCUUCAAACCCCUGCCAGAAUCAAGGCCGGUGCCACGAGGACCCGGUGCACCAGUACAAGUGCAGCUGUCCGCAGGGUUACAAGGGUAAAAACUGUGAGGUUUCUGUCAGCGCCUGUGAAGGCAAUCCAUGUGUAAAUGGAGGCACCUGUUACAGCGAAGAGGCUAGAAAAGGCUUCAGUUGCAUGUGUCCUCUGGGAUACGACGGUCAGUUCUGUGAGGUGGAUGUUGACGAUUGUGUGGAUAACAAGUGUGAAAAUGGCACCAUCUGUGUGGACGGAGUGGGCAACUACACCUGCGCCUGUCCGCACCCCUUCUCAGGGCCAAAGUGUGAAGAGUAUGAGGAAGAUCUGUGUUAUCCUGGCCAGAAUCCGUGUCAUCGCGGCUCUACUUGUAUACCGACCGUCACAGGACCGAAAUGCAUCUGUCCGCCUGGUUUUGUGGGUGAUGACUGCAGUAUAGAUUUUAACGAAUGCGAGGGGCAUUACUGCCAGAACGGGGCGCGGUGUGUGGAUCAUGUAGCUGGAUACACAUGCGUCUGUCCACAAGGUUACAGUGGUCGGUUAUGCGAGACGUCUCCCCCCUCCGGCUGUGAGCUGUUGCUCUGUGAGAACGGCGCCCCCUGUGUGGAGAGUGACGGUACUGCAGUGUGUCAGUGUCUCUCUGGGUUCGGGGGCCCGCGCUGUGAGAAGCUCCUCAGCGUUAACUUCAUCGACAGAGAUUCAUACCUGCUGCUCAGCGACGUCAAAAACUGGCCUCAGACCAACAUCACUCUACAGGUGUCCACAGCGGAGGACAACGGCAUUCUUCUCUACAACGGCGUCAAUGACCACAUCGCUGUACAGUUACACGAGGGACAUGUCAAAGUAACCUAUGAUGCGGGAAGUCAGUCUGGCAGCACCAUUUACAGCUCUGAAAUAGUGAAUGACGGACAGUUUCAUACCGUUGAAUUGGUCACUUAUGACCGGAUGGUCAAUCUUUCAGUUGACGGAGGGCUUCCUACUACUCUGGACAGCUUUGGACACGUCCAACCCCUCACCAGAGAUGCACCACUAUACGUUGGGGGUAUGCCUGAAAAUGCGCAGUCGCUGUCUUUUAACCAGUGGCCGCCUCUCAACGGAUCCAGUUUUCAAGGCUGCAUUCGUAACCUGUACAUUAACAAUGAGCUGCAGGACUUCACACACACGCAGAUGAAGCCCGGAGUGGUGCCAGGGUGCGCGGCCUGUCAGGAUCUGCACUGUGGGAACGGCGUGUGUGAGCCAGACUCUGGCGUUGGGCCCGUGUGCCACUGUCAGCCGGGAUGGGGCGGCCCACAGUGCGACCGGGUCCUGUUGGCGGCUGCCACCAACCCCUGCCAGAAGAACAAGUGUGUUCACGGCACCUGUGUUCCGGUGGACCUGCAGUCUUAUCGCUGUGAGUGUGUGGACGGUUUCCUCGGCCCGCUGUGCAGUCAACAGCACGUGUGUGCCGCGCUCUCAUGCCAACACGGCUCCUGCGAGGUGUCAGAGACGGGGCAGGCGCAGUGCGUUUGCGACAGCGGUUACAGUGGCCAGUUGUGUGACAUUGUGGCUCCUUGCCAAGGCGAGUUCGUGCGGGACUUCCACCGGGUUUGGCGCGGCGACGUCCAGUGCCGGAGCACGCAGCCGAUGUCCUGGGUGGAGUGUAGCGGCGGGUGCGGGCCGGAGACGGGCUUCUGCUGUGGCGGGUCCAGGCUACGACGCAGACGCUACAGCUUCCAGUGCGACGAUGGCAGUUCCUUCUCACAGGAUGUGGAAAAGACAGUCGAAUGCAGCUGUGGAAAGUGUGUGUAGUCAUUAAAGAUUAGAGACAGACGCAAGACAUUGGGGGGAAAGAAAAUAGCGACCAUUUUGUCUCUGUGUACCAUGGAGCAUAACAUCUGUGUAAGAAAAUAUAACCCUUGCAUGUGAAUGAUGAAUUAUGGGUAUUUUCUUGGCGUCAGAAUUAUUGAAAGUGAAAUCUAACAAUUGGAUUAAGAAUACAGUUUAACAAACAGCAUGUCAUACAGGAUUUAUAGUAUUUAAUAUAAUUGUAAAAUAUUUGUUUAACAUUCAUUUUGAUUGUAAUAUAUACGUUUUUUUAUUUUCCAUAUAGUAUUUUUGUAUGUUGAACACCAACAUUGGUGAUGUACAAUUUUUUACCUUUUAGACUGUUUUCUACCCACAAUUGUUUGGUAAAGUAGUUGAGGCUGUUUUUUUCUUUUCAUCUAAUGCAGUGUUUUUGUGUGCAAGUUUUUCUAUUUAUUUCAUUAAAGAGUUCUGCCUCUUUAAUGAAGUACUGCUGAAGUGAUUUCAUUAUUCAAUAUUAGGCAUGAAUUUCAAAAAUAUUAUUAGCAAUAACGCACUGGGUUAUGUUUUAAAUAUAGUUUAAAUGUCUGUUAUAUACUUAGUCCACAACAUCAUCACAAAGUCAAAACCUGA